AUGAAUGAUUCGAACUGCUUCCCUUUCACAAAGCUUUCCGUACAGGCUCAGUAUGAACGCGUGCAGCGUGAAUUCUCCCUGUUGCUGCGUCAGGAGGACCCACGAAGUAUUAGUUUUGCCACAUCGCUGAAAAAUAGGCAUAAAAACCGUUACUUGGACAUCUUGGCCAAUGAGGCAACUCUUUACCCCCAGGUCACGGAUGCGCCUGGGGCGUCGACUCCAUACUACAUCAACGGCAACCUCAUUGACCUUGACCUGCCCCACAAAUUUGUGGCCUGUCAAGCGCCGGUGGUGCAGGGGAUACCUGAUUUCUUGGCGAUGCUUUACGAAAAGAAAAUAAGUCUUGUCAUCAUGGUCACAAAACUGGAGGAGGGAGGGUUUGUAAAGGCGGAUCGCUACUGGCCCGAAGAGAGGGGGUCAGGAUCCAUUGCCGUCUCGGGCAACUGUGGACUCACGAUUUCCGAGGACCCAGGAAAGGCGUACGAAGUGGAGGAUGAAUUGAAAAUUACACGACGUUACUUGAUUCUUCAGCGAGCGGAUGAACCACCUCAUAAGUUUACUCAGGUGCAGUACACCGGCUGGCCGGAUCACGGGAUACCACAAUCUGCCACAUCCCUUGAAGCGCUCCUUACCAAUGUGAAGAAUUCUCCUACGACCGUUCCAGUGGUUGUCCAUUGUAGUGCUGGUAUUGGCCGAACAGGGACACUGAUUGGCGCCUAUGCCGCAUUAACUCAUCUCGAACGCGGGACCCUGACCGACACGACGGUUUACGACGUUGUGUCAGCCAUGCGGCGACAGCGUUUUGGAAUGGUGCAACGGAUGGAGCAGUACUUUGUCAUUUACCUGACGUUGAUGUGUCGACUUGGCGUCGAUAUCAAGGCACUUGUCGGUCUGUUGAAUAGCAGGACUACAGCUGCUGCAUCGACAGCAGCAGCAGGGGGAGGAGGAGAAGGGAGAAAAAGAAGUUCACAGAGAUAA